AAGCACAUUAUUAGUACUUGGUUUCGGUACUCGCGUUUUAGUCGCAUAAGAUCGAAGAAAUGUAUUAAUAUACGGGAAAUCGGAUGUAAAAGUGUGCGUAAUAAUCAAAUCUUUUAAAUUAAUUAUUGUGAAAGUGUGGCAUCAGCGAGAAAGUGAACACGGGUUGUUAUAGGAUACCUAACCUCUAAAUCGGGAAACUGUUAGCCACGUUUUCGCCGUGCGAAUUUCGUGCUCUUUUCUUUUCGGAAAAUUUGCAUAAUAUCAGAAAAUAUUUUGAGUGUCCUCGUCCUGGACAUUCACCGAAAAAAUACACGGGCAUGUUCUGUAAGUCGAAAGCGAUGUUCACGAAGCAACAAGUUGUGUUGGUGUUUAGUGAACGUUUUGCACUCUGGAAACAAAAUAAAGUGAAAUAGUGUUUACUUUCACUCUAGAAUCUAAGACUUUAGGUUUUUCCUCAUUUAGGGUUUCUUCUCAAUAUUCCUACGUUUCCUUCUUAUUAAAAAGUUCUAAGUUAUAAUUGUUAUAAUUUAAAAAGUUAAGAAAUUUAACCUAAGUUGUACAAUAACAAGGUUUAGGAUAACAAAUAUUGAUCGAAGUUAAGUCUUUAUUUUUUAUCAGAAAAAAAUAAAAUAGAAAAUGAGGCUCAUGGAUUUGGAGAAGCUGAAAGAGCUUCAAAGCAACCCAGGACGAAUUCGGAAUAUUUGCAUUCUCGCUCACGUCGAUCAUGGAAAAACAACGUUAUCGGAUUCCCUCGUUGCAAGCAACGGAAUUAUUUCCAGCAAACUAGCAGGGAAGCUUCGAUACCUGGACAGUCGACCAGACGAACAGCUGCGAGGCAUUACAAUGAAAUCUAGCUUAAUUAGUUUAUUUCAUGUUCAUAACGAUUUAGAAUUCCUAGUGAAUCUUAUCGAUUCACCAGGCCACGUAGAUUUUGCGUCAGAAGUGUCGACUGCAGUCAGAUUAUGUGACGGUGCCAUCGUGGUCGUCGACGUGGUAGAAGGAGUUUGUCCCCAGACACGUAGUGCCCUUUCCAUUGCCUACAUUGAAGGUCUGAAACCGGUUUUGAUUUUGAAUAAAAUCGAUAGAUUAAUUACAGAAAUGAAACUCUCCCCCCUCGAUGCUUACGUACAUAUGUCUCAAGUUUUAGAGCAAGUCAAUGCCGUUAUGGGUGAACUUUUCACAAGUGAUAUACUGGAACGAGAAGAAAAAGAAGACACAGUUUCAAAGGAAGCAGAUCAAACUGGUGAAAGAAAUUUAGCAGACUGGCAGUCCGCUCUCCAGGAAGCUGACGAUUCUCAAUUAUAUUUCUCUCCUGAGCAAGGAAACGUUUUGUUUACGAGUGCCGUUGACGGCUGGGGUUUCAGUAUACGAGAAUUUGCAAAAAUGUUUGCUGAUAAACUAGGAUUCAGCGAAAAGGUUUUAUUGAAAACGCUAUGGGGUGAUUACUAUUUGAAUAUGAAGUUGAAACGAAUUUUAAAAGGGGCUCAGGAGAAAGCGAAGAAGCCUUUGUUUGUUCAGUUAAUUUUAGAGAACAUUUGGACCUUGUACGAUACCGUGGUGAUUAGGAAAGACAAGGAGAAAGUAGUAACUAUGGUAGAUAAAUUAAAUAUUAAAUUAACAACUAGAGAUUUGAGGCACACAGAUCCGAAAAGCCAGUUGCAGGCGAUUUGCACCCAGUGGCUUCCAUUGGCAAAAGCUUGUUUAAAUAUGGUUGUUGACAAGGUCCCGAGCCCUGAUAACUUGACUGAUGAUAAAAUAGAGCGAUUGAUGAGUGGAAAUGCUGAUUUCCUUUCUCUACCCGCAGAAACUCAAGAGCUAAAAAAGGCAUUUUUAGCCUGCGAUUCGUCGCCAGAGGCACCGAUUAUAGUAUUUAUAUCGAAGAUGUUCUCUGUUAGUAAGCAGACGCUACCAGAAAAUAAACCAAAGCCUUUGACUCAGGAGGAAUUGGCACAACGGCGGGAAAUCGCGAGACAAAGACACGCUGAGAAAACGGAAAGGGAACAACACGCGGAAGGUGUGAAAUUUUUAGAGAAAUUGGAGGAAGAGAAAAGGGAGGAAGCUCUAGAAGAAAGUAAAGCAGAGGAAGACGCUUGCGAAAAUACUUUGAUAGCAUUUUCUCGAGUUUUUUCUGGAACUUUGAAGAUCGGAAGUGAGGUUUACGUCCUGGGUCCGAAACACAAUCCUAGAAUCGCUCUAGAGAGAGAAAAUGCUGGAGAAACUGUGGACGCGGCAACUUUGCUCAAGGAUUUAAAGCCGGGAAGGCACGUUACUAAAGUGAAGAUCGAGAAAUUAUUCCUUUUGAUGGGGAGAGAAUUGGAGACUUUGGAAAAAGCUCCAGCUGGCAAUCUCGUUGGAAUAGGAAAUUUGGAAGAACAUGUUUUAAAGACUGCUACCCUUUGUACAACGAUAGCUUGUCCAUCGUUCUCUGAACUAACUUCACUUGCAGUUCCGAUAUUGAGAGUCGCUUUGGAACCAAAGCAUCCUAACGAUUUGCAGAAAUUGAUUAGUGGUUUGAAACUUUUAAAUCAAGCAGAUGCUUGUGCUUUGGUGCAUAUUCAAGAGACUGGAGAAAUUGUUUUGAAUACUGCUGGCGAAAUUCACUUAGAACGAUGUUUAGAGGAUCUUAAAUUGAGAUAUGCUAAGGUGGAUAUCAAUGUUUCUGAACCGAUUGUUUCUUUUAGGGAAACUAUUGUGCCACCACCAAAGGUUGAUAUGGUGAAUGAAAUGAUCAGCAUGAAAACGGAGGAAGCGAGUUUGGAAACCUGGACAGCUAAUCGACAAUGUUGCUUUGAAAUUGACGCGAAACCUCUUCCAGAAAGUGUGACAAAAUUAUUGGAGGAAAAUGUGGAAUUGAUUAAAUUGUUGGAUCAAUAUUUGAACAGAUCGGCAAGAGAUAAUGAAGAGUUGCCUGGUAUUCCAGAUAUGAGUAGAUUGUCUUUGGAGUCUGCGGCUUUGACUGAUAAAAAACAAAAGGCUGUUGAAACUUUCAAAAAUGAGUUGAAAGAUGCCUUUAAAGAAGCUGGAUGGGCUGAUAUCCUGGAUAAAAUUUGGUCCUUUGGUCCAAGAAAGUGCGGACCGAAUAUUUUAUUAAAUGAAACUGAUUAUAAAAUUAACUGUUUUUGGGAAUGCGAGAGCAAGUCGACGGAUCCCAGAGCUGCAUACGAAAAUAGUAUGACCAAUGGCUUCCAAAUGGCCACCUUUGCUGGUCCUCUUUGCGAGGAACCAAUGAUGGGCGUAUGUUUCGCUGUGAAGAAAUGGGAAAUACACGAAGAUUCUCAAAGUGAUGGCGGAAGCCAAAGUCAAGGACAUCUUGGAGGUCAUCUGAUGUCAGCAUGCAAGGAAGCUUGCAGAAGAGUCUUCAGUUUAAGAAGGCCACGACUCGUAACACCCAUGUACUCAUGUAGUGUCCUCGUCAAUUCCGAUGUUCUCGGAAAAUUGUACGCAGUUUUUGGAAGGAGACAGGGACGCGUGAUAGCAGCGGAAAGUGCUUUGGGAUUUGGAGGCCAAUUUAGAGUUCUGGCUACAUUACCUGUAUCGGAAAGCUUUGAUCUUGCUACGGAAUUACGGACGCAGACUUCCGGAUUGGCCAGCCCUCAACUUAUCUUCAGCCAUUGGGAGGUUAUUGAGCAAGAUCCAUUCUGGGUUCCAUCGACGGAAGAGGAAUACCUGCACUUUGGCGAAAAAUCUGACACCGGAAAUCGUGCUAAAAAAUACAUAGACGGUGUGCGACGCCGUAAAGGACUUCCAGUAGAUUAUCAGGUCGUCAUGCAUGCCGAAAAACAACGGAAUCUUUCGAAAAAGAAAUAAAAAUAUUCAAACAAAUAUUUAGUCGGUUAUUCGAAAUUUUCUGCAAAAAUAGCUUUCAUAUUUUUUAAAUCAGACUAUUCAUUAAAGGUGCCUUUCAUAGUAAAAGGAAUACAAAUAUUCCCGCCUUUUGUACAGAUCGCUUCAAAAAAAGUUGUUUUAAAAUAGCAAUUAAUUCGACAAAAAAAUACACCAAAUUUAAUAGAGAAAACCAGUCAGCGAAUUAUAUAGUUUUUAACGUUAUUUUUAAUAAUAUUUUUGACGAUAGCUUUACUAAGUUUAAUAUCAAAUUUUAAAAGCAUACUAAUUAGUUACCUACAUUUUUCCUUGUAUCAUUUUUUUCUUCAUUUACAGGGAUCACAGUCCCCUAUUUCCCUUUUCUUUCACUUUCUUUGUUGAGAAUUUUAUCUCCUAAGUGGAAACCUAUGCCAUUGGGAGACCAGCUUAACAUUAAUAUUAUAAGAGAUUACAUUCGACCAAAAUUAUUUUAUGUAUAAAUUCACAUUUUCAUAAGAAUACAAAAGUAGAACAUAAAAAGAUUGUACCAUUAAAAAAAAAUUUUUAAUACGUUCACGUAAACAACUAUAUAUUAAUAUACCUAUGAACACUUGAAUAUUUCUAGGGUUUGAAUAUUCAACUAUAUAUUCACUGUAAACAUCUGUGCACAAGAGCGCUAAUAUAAGAGCAGUUUCGGGGGUUGCCUCGCACUGGCCUUCCGUGGAAACGUAAACAGUCUAUUGUAGGCUGGAGGCGACCCAUUAUUGACGCUGCCACGCACUGACACACGGCUGUGUAACUGCGUGGGCCAGCAGUUCUUGGAAUUAUUAAAUCAAUCGCUCGUAUACAGGCGUUCUUGUGUAUAUUCAAUUUAAUAAACCCACUGUUUUAAAACUACAAACAUACAUAUUUUAAACCACUGUCGUUUUAUUCUAUUUUUUGACUUACCUGCUUUUAUUUUGAGCCCCUUCAACCUACAAUAAGUAAAAACAAACUCCACAGGUUAUUUCAUAUGUGAUAUUGAAAGCGUUAACUUGUAUCAAUCGAGAAAAAGGCGAAAUCGUUCAUCUCUGUUUUGUACACAUCGUAAAAUAAAGUUUAAGACAUUA